AUGCUCUUCAAAGUCGCCAAUGUCAUUACUGGUGCGGGACCGAGCGCCGCCAAACAAGAUGAAGGUGCCUCCCUCACGUCGGUCCUCGAAACGCCCGCUCUGCGCGUAGAGCUCGCCCUGCUGGUGCUCCUCUGCACCGAUGCGAUGCGCAGCGAUCUAGUCGCGACCUUCGAUGCCGACAAGACCCACGAGACCGAAUCUUCCACGGCGGCGGCCCCACCAAAGUCCCCACAACCGCAGACGGCGACGCGGGAUCUCAUAAGCUUCGAUGAACCGCAGAAUGAAGCGGCCCUGGAGGCAGAAGGGAGGAGGAGGGCGCGUCAACGGGAGGUCGAAUCGACACACAUGCUUGGCUUGCGAAGAGCUGCCUUGACGUACUUCGAUAAGUGGAGGGCAGGCGUCAUGCAUCGCAUCUGCGACGUGCUCGCCGUGCGCGGCGACGUUGUUCGCCAGGCGAAGACCAAGAGAAAGAAAAUGAUCGAGGAAGGCGAAAGGCACAGACAAGGCAAUCCUCUGCUUCUCGACUUCGAAGGGGAUCCGUUCAGUAGCACGGGUUUUACGGGCAACAAGCGGAAGCAUGGACGUUACGAGGUCAUUCAAACCCAGUUAUUGGCUUUCGAAGCUGAACAGAAGGUGCUCAUACUGCAUUGUCUUCUUUUGCUCAUCCUGAGCUUGGAGCAAUACUCCGCCCACUCCCGGCUCCUGCUUCUUCAUUUAACGAGUAGCCUAGAGCUUGAGUCGGAUCUGCUAGCUGAGCACGAGAAAUCGGUCGCUCAAGGCCUUCUAGCCACCGCAGCUUCUCAGAUGGACGCGGAAGAAUCGGCGAAGAAACAGGCUGCAAAUGAUGCGACAUCACGUAAAUGGAAGGUCGGCCUCGCUGCGGUCGGCGGUGCUGUUCUCAUCGGUGUCACUGGUGGCCUUGCAGCACCAUUGCUCGCCGCUGGCCUCGGUACCGUCAUGGGUGGUCUUGGUUUGGGCGUUGUAUCAACAUACCUUGGUGCACUGGCGGGAAGUUCGGUCCUCGUCGGCUCUCUCUUCGGUGCCUACGGUGCUAAGAUGACCGGAAGGAUCAUGGAGCAAUAUGCCAGGGAAGUACAGGAUUUUGAAUUCAUCCCCGUCCAAGACCCUGAACGCCCAUCCGCCCAGCGCGACCAUGAAUGGGCAGCAGAACUUGACGCACGUGACCCCACGAAGCGCGAGCAACACCGUCUUCGUGUAGCCAUCGGCAUCAGCGGUUGGCUCACCUCACCGUCCGAUGUUAACAAGCCGUGGGAGAUCAUUGAUGGUGCAGGUACCGAGCCAUUUGCGCUCCGCUUCGAGCUUGAUGCUAUGCUUCGCAUGGGCAAUUCGCUCAACGACGUCCUUUUUAGCUACGCCUGGGAUGGCGUUACCUAUACUAUUGUCAGCCGUACGCUUCUUGGAGCCCUGUAUGCUGGGCUUUGGCCGCUGGGCCUCGUCAAAGUUGCUAGUGUGCUCGACAACCCUUUCAGUGUCGCGCUCGCUAGGGCAGACAAGGCUGGAAAAGUGUUAGCGCAUGCCCUCAUUGAUGGUGUACAAGGAAAGCGACCUGUUACCCUCAUGGGAUACUCAAUUGGGGCACGUGUCAUUUAUUCCUGCUUGGUUGAGUUGGCAGAACAAAACGCAUUCGGCCUAGUCGAAGCUGCCGUACUGAUGGGAACACCAGCACCCUCAGACAGCAAAUCCUGGAGAAAGAUUCGCUCGGUCGUGGCUGCUCGCGUGGUCAAUGUGUAUAGCACAGAAGACUACAUUUUGGGCUUCCUGUACCGCUCUACUAAGCUCGAAUUUGGCGUUGCGGGUCUGCAAGAGGUCAAAGGCGUCUUUGGCGUUGAGAACGUCGACAUGAGUAAACUCGUCAGUGGCCAUGAUCGAUACCGGUACCUAGUUGGUAGCAUCCUUACGAAGAUCGGCUUCGGCGAUAUCGACUUCAAUCGUGUAGCUGAGCAAGAGCGCGCCUUGGAGAUGGCCGAGAGGAAGAAAGAGCAAGUCAGAAAACACGUACAGCAGCACAAGAAAGACAGUCAGCAACCAGACCCAUCUGCUUCUAGGGCUACAGAAAUGGUAGUAGCGCAGCAGUCAUCCAAUAGCUUGAUCAACGUCUCCGGUCCCCCAACAGAAAGUCCAACUCCGCCACCUGCAGAGCCAUCACACCCUCGCAGGCAGAUGAUAUCGAGGCCUUCAAGAUCAGGCCAACAGCCGCUGGUACAGCGACAAAGGACGAUGCCUGUCCCGGCGACAGCGCCAAUGCCAUCGACAGCCCCAGCGGACUCGGCAGCGCCCACACCCUCGCGGACCAAUCUUACGCGGCCCACCUGGUCCUCCUCAUCCCAAUAUGACCCCGACCCCCACCAGAUCUCCAUGCAUGAUCUUGACACGCAGAAAUUCUCGCCGCCCUUGGAAGAACUGCUAAAGUACCCGAAGGAUACCCCGCCUACUCCUAUCACUGUCGAAGCGCCGAGGAAGCUCUUUACUGAAACCCCUAAGAAGAUGUCGGUAGUUGCUGUUGCGGAGGUGGAUGAGGAAGAGUAUAGCUGCGACGAGGUUAGCAGUGAGUCUGGAGAGUUGAGUAUGGUGGAGCCGGAGCCGCUGGAUGAUAAUGAUUAUGGUUUGAUGUAA